GUUAAAAGAAUAUAAAGAUCAAUUAAAAGAAGAUGUCGAAGAUGCCAUACAAAAAGGAUUAUUACAGAGAUUUUCACCUCAAGAGAAAUCACCGUCAUUCGAACGUAGAGAGCAAGACUUCCCACCAUUAACAGCAAGUGAUAAUGAUUCUAAUGGAAAAUGGAAUACAGCGCUACCACGUACAACUGUUGAGUCGAAUAAGCUACGAGCAUCAUAUACUGAUAAAACAAUUGAUUCUAUCAAUGAUAAUCUAGCAAAGAUAAUCGAUAGUAACAAACGACUUGAAAAUAAAGUUGAUCUAUUAUCAUCAAGUAUGAAAACGGGUACUCUUGAUACCCAGC